UAAUCAGGCCCCCGUGAAACAGUGCUGCGUGCCACCCUGCUCCUCGUGACAAAGGAUCGCAACAACCGUGGGAAUAAACUAUAUUUGAUUGACACGAACUUUUGGAUUACUGAGUCGGCAGCACCUGGUGGAGCUCAGGUGUGUCUGCACGUUCAGUACGCGGUUGGAAAUGAGGCUUAUAUUUUAGGCUGACUGCUACUGUCGCUUUAAAACAGUCACCUGACAGAGAAGGGAAAACCCGAUGGAGUAAGCAGGAAGUCAGUCUACCGAGAAGGAAAGAAGAGCCUGAGCACGUAAACAAUACACAAAGAAGAAGAACAAAAGUCAAACAGAGUGUUUUAACACAUUUAUCGCCAUGGCCGGAAUUAAAGCACUGGUUGGUUUGUCCUUCAGUGGUGCCAUUGGUCUUACGUUUCUUCUUCUGGGCUGUGCAUUGGAGCAGUACGGGGUAUACUGGCCGCUGUUUGUGCUCAUUUUCUACAUAUUAAGCCCCGUCCCGACCUUCAUAUCCAGACGCCUCAGUGAUGACACUGACUCCUCCAGCAAUGCAUGCAGAGAGCUGGCCUACUUCUUAACAACUGGCAUCGUGGUAUCAUCUUUUGGGAUUCCAAUUGUGCUAGCCCGCACCAGCACAAUCCAGUGGGGUGCCUGUGGUCUGGUGAUGACAGGAAACGCUGUCAUUUUCCUUACCAUCCUUGGCUUCUUUGUCGUGUUUGGAGGUGGGGACGACUUCAGCUGGGAGCAGUGGUAGAGUUCCUUCAGACAGUUGAAAGACAUAAGGAUAGAUGGAUGGGUGGGUAGGUGGAUAGUUGAAUGGAUAGACAGCAGACUGAGGGGCGAAUGUGUCCUGCACUUAAUAGGGGAUGACGCUCAUGUACAGUGUAUGCUGCAAAAAUGUCAAAUUAACUGGGCAUGUUUUCAGGCCAUUUUUUAUAUUAAAGGGUGUUAGGGUUGGAGACAACAAUAUAUAUCCCAUUAAUGUGCCUUAUGUCUGGGACCAGAGAGACACUGAUGCCUAUCCACCUUAACCCAUGUUUUUUUUAGCUUGUCGUGCCUUUAUUUCAACCCGCAAAAAUCCCCCUGCUCACUGCUGCUGCCUGCUAUUUAAUUAUGCUUCAGUUAAUCAAUAUCAUAUUGGGUUCCUAAAGAGUAACUCUAUUGUAAUGUGUAUGGCGAUGCUCACUGCAUUAUCUGUCCGCAUUGUUCAAGACGGGGGUGGCUUUACUGCAUUAUGGUUUGCUUAUUAUGAGCACUUUCUGCCGUUUAACGUGAGAAGGCAGGGCAAGUUAUCUUAAUCCAAGCUAACUAGUUGUAGGACUCCUUAUCAGGUAAAGAUAUAUUUGUAUGGAGAUGUGUGUGUGUGAUUUUUUUUUUUUUUUUUUUU